CAGAACACCGGUGCUCGCUCUCCGGUGUGUCUCCUCGGAGCCUCGAGAGACAACUCCUGCUCGGCCGUGGCGAUGAGGCCGGCAGUGCCUUUGCGGGGUUCCCUCAUUCAUGGCUUGAGCCUGGCAGGCAUAGGAUGGACUGUCAACUCCUCUGCAGGCACUGAAGUGAUUUCACAAACAGUGGCCGUGAGCCGAAGACCUCGCACAGGUGACACGUCUGCUCCGGAAAAGGCUUAGAGAGAUAUGGAGAUUGAAAGAAUCAUUCAAGACACACUGACACGCUUCAUCCAGUCCCACAUCCCUGCAGCAGAUCUCAGUGGGAUGGAUGAUGUUUUCUUCUCUUACAUCACGGGUGUCCUGGAAGAGCUGGGCUCACCAGAGUCCUCUGAAGAGACUUUUGACAUGGACACCUUUGUGGAAAUGAUGGAGGCAUAUAUCCCUGGUUUUGCAGAAAUCCACAGUGGGGAUGUUUGUGAAAUGAUGUUCUCCCUGUCAGAAAGGCUUUGUGAAGCUCGCAACAAAGAAAAACUUGGCCAAAAGGCUGUGGAAAGCAGGAGUGAAGCAUCCUCUGAAGAUCUCACCAAGGGCCAGGAGGCUGGAGCUGGAGCCUGCAACGGGGAAAGACUGUGCACUGUAACAGACGGAGCCGGGGCCCAGGAAGGUGCUGACUUGAAGGAUGGGGUGGAGCUGCUCCUGGAGAUGUUCCCAGCCUGUACUGUGAGCCAGGCAGAGAAGGCUCUCGCCAUGACCUUGGGGAACUUGGAAGAGGCAGUGCAGUUAAUUGUGGAGGAGAAGGUGCAAAUUGGCCCAGCAGGUGCGAGUGUGAAGGAACUGGCACGGCCCCGCAGAGCACCCAACCACGAGGAGCUAAAACAGGUCAUCCUACAGAAAUACAUGAUGGUGGAUAGUGCAGACGACCAGAAAACACAUCGGCCAGCUCCACCCAAAGAGGCUCCCAAGAAGUUGAUCCGCUAUAUUGAUAACCAGGUGGUGAGCACAAAAGGAGAGAGGUACAAAGACAUCAAGAAGCCUGAGAGUGAGGAGAUGAAGAGAACCUACAUCAGCCUAAAACCAGCCAGGAAGUAUAAGUUCCACUGACAGCCAGGUCCUCCAGCUCUUCAACCUUCCACCUCACUGCCAGGCAUGGCAGGAUGGAUGUGUGGUGCUAGGAGUGAGGUCGACUCCACCUGCCACUAACUUGAACUAACCUGGAAGCCAGGACACUGCUUUCAGCUUCCUCAACUAACCUGGCUGAGCAGACUUCUCUCCUUGUGUAGCUAUCCCUCUGCCCCCAGGGGCACACUGCAGUGGCUCUCCAGGACCUGGGCAUUCUCUGCUAUUCCUUGCAUGGGACAUUUUUAGAUCUGAGAUGUGGCAUGUGCUUUUGCAGCAACCUUUUUAACAAGUCUUUGUGCACUGUUGCUUUGAGUGCCAGUAUUAAUAAAGAUGAUGUGAGUUGGUGUGUAGUUCA